UCGGGGGGGAAGUUUACAGUGCGCUGACGGACUUUUGGAGAGUUCAGUGUUGUGCGCUCUCGGUGCGUCACACGCUCACAACCUCCACUGGAAGCGCACGACUCCCAGACUAUCAUACAUGCAAAUACAGCCAAGACUCCAGCUUCUCUCCGAACACCUUCGUUUUCUCCACAAGCUUGAAUUCGCUUCUACUUGUGGCUGCGUCUUAGGAGUGAAAUGGAUGUCAUCCCUAUGUGUAGCAUCUUCCAGGAGCUCCAGAUUGUGCACGACACUGGAUACUUUUCAGCUUUACCAUCUCUGGAAGAGUACUGGCAGCAGACAUGCCUCGAGCUUGAGAGGUACCUCCAGAGCGAGCCCUACGUCUCGGCCACAGACCUCAAAUUCGAGAGCCAGGAGGACCUGUGGAGCAAGUUGAUGCUCGCCUGCGGGGACAAGUCAAACGAGUCGGACCCAAAGAUCCCCCACAUCAAGGAAGAGGAAGACAAUCAGGACAGCCAGCACCUCGACGCUGGCGGCUUCAACUCUGACGCCAGCAGCGAGGCCUCGGACAGCUCGGAGGAGCUCUCCCCUACCCUCGACUUCUCCUCCAGCUCUUUGGCUGACAUUCUGGGAGAUGCUGGCGAAGACCUGGGCUCGGCCAUCAUCAGCACGCCGCCAUCCUCACCUGAGCUGGGCAAGGAGGGCUCUGUCGCCCAGGUGUGGAGUGGGAUACAGACUGUGCUGCACUCACCUGGGAAAAUAAGGACUGGGGGCAUGGAGAGGUCAGGGAUGACCAGCGGGGAGGCGUCACCUGACGGCAGGAGGCGGGUGCAUAGGUGUCACUUCAACGGAUGCAGGAAGGUGUACACCAAAAGCUCGCAUCUCAAAGCACACCAGCGCACGCACACAGGUGAGAAGCCCUACAGGUGUUCAUGGGAGGGCUGCGAGUGGCGCUUUGCACGAAGCGAUGAACUCACCAGACACUUCAGGAAGCACACUGGAGCAAAGCCAUUCAAAUGCAGUCACUGCGACAGGUGUUUCUCCCGUUCUGACCACCUGGCACUGCACAUGAAGAGGCACAUCUAAGAUGGCCUCAGUGUCAAGAUCUCUGAGGGAUGAUUCUGGAUGAUUGUCCUGACCUGUGGGGGAACAGAGAGGCCGGUGUGUCCUGGAAGCGUUAACAGGGGCACCGCCAUGUUCCAGUCAGUGGAAAAACAUGAAGCAACGCAGGCUAUUAUUUGCACCAUACUUAGUGCCUCCAACACCUCGCUGUGGAGAUUGCUCUUGAAAGGCUUUUACAGAGAAGUGUGGGGGGGGCGGGGAGAGACUUGAAAAAAAAAAGGUAAAAAAACGGGAAAAAUCUGGGCUGGAGAAGAUGGGAAGAGACUCUUCUGUAUGGUGUUCAGCGCUUUUUUCCUGGAGGAUUAUGGGACUCCUGCGGGGGUGCCAGUCCUCCAAUGACAGUGUGUUUGCCUGUGCGCAUGGGGACUGUGAGUGCCUGUGACUGGAUGCCUGUGCUGGCUUUAUGGAGCGGAUGGAGCUUGCAUUGUUGGACUGCGAGUGAAUGACGUGAAGGGGGUGAGGGAGGUUUUUGGGGGGGAUAUUUGUGGUCUCACUGAGAAUGAAUGCAAGCAUAAAAAAGGGGUUCUGUCUGUGCUGUUUGAGUCUGUUGGCUGUGGAGGGGGAGUUGGGGCUUGUUUUGUGGAGCCAAUUGGCUUGAGAGUGCCCCCUUUCUGCCCGGAGGUGGAACUACAGCUCCCUUUUCAAACUCGGGAGGUCGUUUUGUUUAGUGCAGCUAUUAAAUGUGCAAUGUAUUACGUAGCCUGUCUCAAAAACAUACACGCUAUAAAGCUCAUUUUGUUGUCCAUUGUGUAAGCUCUGUAUCUUAAAAGAAAAAACAAAAAAACAAUGGUUGUACACAAACACUUAUUGCCAUUAUAACAGAAGUUGCAUGGGAUCUGGGGAUGUGUUGCUCACCUCUUUGCUUAUUGGACAACAAAAUUCCAUUCAAGAGCAGCUACCUUCAUAUUACUCAAUAUCAUAGUAUUGUACAAAACACAUAAGGCAGUCAUUUUCUUAUUUUUUAUUUUCUUUUUAAGUUGGGGAUACCACUAUUGCUUGGCAACUGUCUUGAUCAUGGGAGUUUUGUUGCUUUUCUUCACUUUUGCUCUUCUCUUUUUUUCUAUCUGUAAAUGCACUGUUGACCUUACUGAUGCCUUAUGUAAGUGGCCUUGUCCUGUUAAAUAGAUCUCUCUCUCUCUUUCACACACACACACCAAACGGGGGUUGCGAAUGCACUAGUGCGCUAUUGAAUUGCUUUAUAAAGGCUCUGAUCCAUACAGCCGCACCUUUGCCCUUUUGUCUCGUGACAGACUCCUUAAAUCCUCAAAAAUAAAAUAAAAAAUAAAAAUCUAAAUAUCAGCUUCAUAAUGACUGCCAUUUUUACAUGACUGUGCAUUCUUUUCGAACAUAUCAUAAAUAUAUCAAAACUAAAUCAUAUUCUCCAAAAAAAAUGACCCGGGUGUGAGACAAAAUCAUGGAGCACUUGAAAGAGCGACUCAGUUUUGUAAAGGUUUACUACUGUGUAGUAUAAGGUGGUGUGGAUGCACUUCAUUUGGACUGUAACUUGCUGUCAAUGGUACAGAGUCUUGGAAAUAUGUUCUCAUGAUAUGUGGCAUGUUCAGCCACCAACAGUCUUGAUGAAUUUGGAUUUACUGCAAUGAAAACAUUCACGCUGGGGCCAUUUAUGUCUGUCGAUGUGUCAAAUGCUUACAAAGAAAAGGAUGACGACAUUCUCAAUCAUGAGUCUGUUUUGAUGUUGUAUGUCUUGGUGAGUCUCGCCCUCAGGGUGAGUCAGUAUCUUUACUCAGCCCUGGUUUAAACAACCCGUGAUCUGACUAAACGGUACCAAAAACCGGUCGAGCCAGUUCAGUUGAGCCGUGCUGCAGGCCUAGAGGUUUCUCUCUGUGGCUGCAGGUGAACUGAGGUGAGACCAGGACCAGAUGUCUGUCUGUACCAACUUCACUAUAUGCAUGUUUUUAACUUUAGUUAACUGUUCAUGACUUCAACACACUUUGUGGGUUGAUAAAGUUUAUUGAAAUCCUCUCGAUUUCACAAUUGGAUGAACUCCAUCACCAUAUUCGCUAUUUCUAGAAAAUGUUUCAGAGCCACUUUGUUUUUACUGAAUAAUAUGUUUUGUUGAAACGUAAGACAUGGACGUGUUGAAAAAAGAACUUAACUACUUUAAGGGUAUGGCUGGUUUAAGUGGUCAUAAAACUUGUCACAGCUGUACAGGUGAACUUGGUCUACAUUAAUGAAAGUCCAUACACUGAGAAAUGUCCAAAAUGAAAACAAUAUGUACAUUGUAAACUAAGAGAGUUUUGUAAGGAAGCUUCUAUUUUGAAAGGGUAUGGGACCAAAAACAAGUGCGGUGUGUUGUUUCUAAAGAUGAACCAAUAAAGACAAGAGGCUGAAGAAUUAUUGUAAAAUAGAUACACUCCAUUCUCCAUUUGCUUCUGUAACAUCCUUGUUUUUGAUUUGAUCGGAGAAAGGUAGAGCAGAUGUAUGUUUUAAAAAGGCAUGGUAUACACCUGUGGCCUAUCAUCUUCCAAGAAAAUAACAAAACAAAAAAAAAACCCUUUUCAGACGUGAAUUGUUCUGGACACUUGAAUUGUCAUAAUUUUGUAUUCUGUUGCCCUCUAAGUAUUAUGUUUUUGUUUGCCAUGUGAUUUUUUUCUCUCGACUCUUCAAAGACACCCUAUCUUUAGCUAGAGAAUCUUUAUUGGAUAAACAUGGAGAUAAAAUAUGAGGCUCUAUUUUUGUUUGUUUUAUGGCAUAACAAGAUUUUUUCAUUUGAAAUUGUUUUGUAAAAUAGUUUCUGUAUGAAUGUAUUUUUUAUUGGAAAAUCGAUAAAAAGAAUUUAUUGGAUCUA